AAGAGGAGGCAGCUGGAGCCAGUAGAGCACGCGCGCGCGCACACACACACACACACCCAAUCCCAGAGAAGAAGCAAAGGACUGGACACAUUUUCCUCUCAGCUACAGCUUCCUCAAGUAUUGCAGCCAAGGGAGAUGCUGGGAAGGAGAGAAGGCAUCCCAGCCAACCGCACUCUCCUCACUUGUGUGCCUGGCAGCAGUGGCAACUACAGCUCUGGCAAGUUCCCGAGCCAGCAAAGAUGCUAGAGCCAACCACAUUCUCCAUGUUUGUCAUGUGUCUGGUGGUGCUGUGGCCAACUGCAACUCGAUUGAGCAGGGAGAGGGCAGAGAUUCAGGAGAGUAGCGACCAGACCAGAUGCACUCUCCUCGGUUCUUGUGACUAUGGUGCAAACUGCAGCUCUGUAGGGCAGGGAGCCAGGGAAGUAGCAAAGGCAUGCGAAGGCCAGCCACUCUCUCCUAAUCCAUCAUGUGUCCACACUCCAAUUGCUGAGAAUAGCAAUUGGCUGGGGAGCUCCUGAGUACCCCCAGGGAGCUCUUAAAGUAUGCCAGCGGUCAUAGAAACAUUAUCCAAGCUUUCCCGCACUCCUUUUGCAUUAGCCACUGGAAUAAGGCCAUUUCCUACAGAAGAAAGUGUGGAUGAUGAAGACAUUUACAAAGGCCUCCCAGAUCUAAUCGAUGAAACUGGUGUAGAUGAGGAUGAAGACCUUUAUGAUUGUGUUUAUGGGGAAGAUGAAGGUGGUGAAGUGUAUGAAGACCUAAUGAAAGCUGAAGCCGCACAACCGAAAUAUCCUGAAAAUGAUAUAAGAAGUUGCUGCCUUUCUGAAAUAAAACAGACUGAAGAGAAAUACACAGAAACGUUAGAGUCUAUAGAAAAGUUUUUUAUGGUGCCACUGAAAAGGUUUCUAACACCAUCAGACAUUGAGACAGUAUUCAUCAACAUUCCUGAUCUGGUGAAAAUCCACAAAAAUUUAACACAGGAUAUUUAUGAGUCCAUUCUAAACAAAACUGACCAGAAUCUGUAUCAAAUUUUUAUUAGCUACAAAGAAAGAUUGGUCAUUUAUGGGAAAUACUGCAGCCAGGUAGAGACAGCCAUAUCCUGUUUAGACAGCAUCUCAAAGACAAAAGAGGAUGUUAAGUUAAAACUGGAGGAAUGUUCCAAAAGAGCUAAUAAUGGAAAGUUUACUCUGAGAGAUCUUCUUGUGGUUCCCAUGCAGCGAGUUCUGAAAUAUCAUCUACUGCUUCAGGAACUGGUAAAACAUACUAGUGACCCAACCGAGAAGGCAAAUCUAAAACUGGCACUUGAUGCAAUGAAGGAUUUGGCACAGUAUGUAAAUGAAGUGAAGAGAGAUAAUGAAACUCUUCGUGAAAUUCGACAAUUUCAGUCAUCAAUAGAGAAUUUGAACCAGUCACUUUUACUGUAUGGAAGACCACAGGGUGAUGGUGAAAUAAGAAUUACAACCCUGGACAAAAGGGCAAGGCAAGAUAGGCAUAUAUUUUUAUUUGACUUAGCUGUAAUUGUAUGCAAACGGCGAGGUGAUAAUUAUGAAAUGAAGGAUAUCAUUGAUCUUCAGGAAUAUAAAAUAACCAAUAACCCUACUACAGAUAAAGAGAACAAAAAGUGGUCUUAUGGCUUCUACCUCAUCCACAUACAAGGACAAAAUGGGCUGGAACUCUAUUGCAAAACAAAAGAUUUGAAGAAAAAGUGGCUUGAACAGUUUGAAAUGGCACUGUCCAACAUUAGGCCUCAUUAUGCAGAAACAAAUACUCAUGACUUCAAAAUGCAUACCUUCAACCGCGUCACAUCCUGCAAAGUCUGUCAGAUGCUUCUAAGGGGAACUUUUUAUCAAGGCUAUUUAUGUUCAAAGUGUGGAGCUGGAGCCCACAAAGAAUGUUUGGGAAGACUAGACAAUUGUGGCAGAGUUAAUUUGGGUGAACAUGGGACCAUGAAACAUGUGAAACGACCAAAUGGACUUCGAAAUAACCCCAGGCAUAUGGACCCAGGCUUACCAAAGAUGCAAGUAAUAAGAAACUAUAGCGGGAUACCACAGCCAACUCCACAUGAUGGUCCCCCAUUGCACAUCCAUACUGGGGAUAUCAUUGAACUUAUCCAAGGGGAUGCACACAGCCUGUUCUGGCAGGGUAGAAAUCUAGUGACAGGAGAGCUCGGUUUCUUUCCAAGUGAUGCAGUAAAACCUUGCCCAUGUGUUCCUAAACCAGCAGACUACUCUUCCCAACCAUGGUAUGCAGGAGCAAUGGAAAGGUUGCAGGCAGAGACCGAACUUAUUAACCGGGUAAAUAGCACAUACUUGGUGCGGUAUAGGACUAAAGAGUCAGGAGAAUACGCCAUUAGCAUUAAGUACAAUAAUGAAGUGAAGCACAUCAAGAUUUUAACAAGAGACCGAUUUUUUCACAUUGCUGAAAAUAGGAAGUUUAGAAGUAUAAUGGAACUUGUGGAAUAUUACAAGCAUCAUUCUCUCCAAGAAGGUUUCAAAAGUUUGGAUACAACUCUCCAGUACCCAUACAAGGAAUAUGAAAAUUCACUGGACCAAAGGAGUAACAGAGCAAGUAGCAACUUGCUGAGUCCCAAAGUCCUUGGUAUAGCUAUUGCCCGCUAUGACUUUUGUGCACGAGACAUGCGUGAAUUGUCCUUACUCAAAGGAGAUGUGGUCAAAAUUUACACAAAGAUUAGUGCCAAUGGCUGGUGGAGAGGUGAAGUAAACGGAAGGGUGGGUUGGUUUCCAUCAACCUAUGUGGAAGAGGAUGAAUGACCUGGACACUUCGUUGGUACGACUGACCAUAAAUUUCAGGGACUGGGAAAUCCAGGCAUCUACAAAACAUUAUUUGUCUUGUUAAGUAUUUGAAAUGCAACACUUCUGACUGUCCAAACCCUCCAGUCUUAACUCUGGGAUAACUGAAGAAGUUUGUGUUGACAGAUUAAUAUCUCAGUCUGAGCUGUGCAAAGAUACAACCUGCCCACCUGCUUUCACUGGGGACCAGUACAAAAAUCUAACCUCAGCUUUUUGAAGAAUCGCUUCAGAACAGACUUUUAAAAAUGCUUCUUUGCAUUCCAUCCUGCUGCACAUGGUGAAUACUAAGUAUUGCUUGUAAUUUUCUACCAAAAUCCUCUCUCUGUCUUCCCCCCUUUGUUAGUUAGCAUCUCUGACAUUAGGAGAUGAAGACUUGCUUCACUGUUGCUUUAUUAUUGCAUUCAGGAAAAAAUGUUUAGCCAUUCCAGUGGUCAUAUUGUCAAAAUUAUUUAUCUUGAAAUAUCCACAAGCACUAAUUAAUUAACCUUGCCAAUGGCUACACACUCACCCAGGCUGCAACCCUAAACAUGCUUACUAGGGAGUAAAUCCCAUUGAACACGGGAGACUUACUUCCAAGUAUGCAUGCAAAAAAUUGCGCUGCACACCAUUCUGUGCGGGGAAAGGGUACAAAGGAAUUUAGUAUCUUUUAUUCCAGGAUUAUUUUAACAGACCUGUCUUUAAAAUACUGUAAUUAAAAUAAUUAAAUCUUGUAUUUUAUUAUUAAAAUGUACUGUGAAACAACUUUUAAAAGUGAGUUGUUUAGUAGCUAGUUGUGUUCUAAAAAUGGAAUUCUAUAGAAUUUAAGGUUACAGGUCUCUAGCCAAGAAUUUUUUCUCUAGCAAGCGUUCUCUAACUUGGGUCCCCAGAUGUUGUUGGACUCCAACUCCCAUAAUCCCCAGCCACAAUGUCCUUUGGCCAUUUGCUUAUCUCCAACAACAUCUGGGGACCCAGGUUUGAGAACCUUUGCCUUAUAAAAUAGUAAUAUUCUUUAAUAUUGCACAAAGUCCUAUGUUUGUAUGUGAGAUACAUCAUGCUUUCAUAAAAUCCUGGGCACAGUUUGGGUUUGCAAUUUGGCCAUUAUUAAAAGUUCUUCUGAUGUGUGUGAUCUGUCUCCUACUGCCUUGCUUGGCUUAGUGGGGUCAGUAGUAACAGAAAGUAGCACUGGGUACUUUAAUAAAAUAAGGUGGCACCAUUAAAUAUAUAAAGCAAAUCAAGUGAGGAUUCAUCCCCCAGAGAUGAGCUCUACUGUAUUUCUUAAGAAUUGUCACUUUGUCUUUUGGUGGCUUUUAUCAUUAGCUGAAAUGAGACUAUCUUCUUUUCUCUGCUAAAAAAGAGAAAGGGUUAUCUACAAUCUCUGCUUCUUCUAGUUAUCAGUGAGGUAAGAGAGUUAGGAAGCUCCUUGCUGUUUUCUAGGGCAGCUAACAGCCCCAGUCUCUGAGAGAGGUGGUCUAUAAACUCUAUCUCCAACUCUGUAGUCAGAGCAAAAUUACAGAACUGUACACGUGACCAAGUAAUUGUGGAGGCCUUAAUUCCUAUAAGAAUUUCAAGAGUACGGGAUAAGGUCAUGGGCAUUACAUAAUAAACUAAUAUGCAAGCAGAUCUCUAACAUAUCAGAGAAAGGUUGGAUAGGAUCCAAAGGGUUUCAUGUGCAGACAGCCUAUGUUUGUCCAGGAGCUUGUCAUCCACCAAAGGGAAUGGGUUACAGAUGCCCAUGUUAGAAGUACUCUGAAUCUCUGUGGUGUUUCAUCCCUUUUAGCUUAACAUCAGCAGAUAAUACACCUGUAGUUUAGAGAAGUUCAAAAUUAUGUAAACUUUGAUUUUGUUGAAUACAUUAUUUUGAUGGAACCAGUUACAGCAUUUGUAAAUGAUUCUAAAAAUGUAUUUGAUAAAAUGGCCUGUCCUUAAAUGUUAGACUAGGAAUGCUUCCUUGGUGCUUUUUCCUGUAAAAACUGGGUUUGUCUGGUGAACUCAAGUGGGCAAAAUUGCUUUAGCAAGAAUUAUUUGCCUGUUUUUAAUUGGGUAGGGGUUUUGACUCUAGGUGAAGUGAAAUGUAUUGUGCUGUGUUGUCAGCGUUUAUAUACGUCUUGUAGGGGGAGAAUUGGCUCAGUGUUAAGCUUAAGAAAUGUAUCCUUUUAGAAAAACAAUUGAUGAACAGUUUAGAUAUCCUAAAGUUGCUGUUUAUGAAUUUCAGCAACUCAGGGGAUAAUGGAACUUGGUGAAAUCAAGCCAUAUCUAACCCACCCCCCGCCAGCCUCCUGUUGAUAUUCAUGCACUCUGGUCCAGCAGUUUCUUAUGUAGAGAGAUUUCCUGCUUGAGCAAGAGUGUCUUCAUUAACUUUAGUGAAACAGGAGCAACCCUACAUAUGCAUCUGAAGUUGCCAGGUUCCAACCUGGAGAUGCUGUUGAUCUCUCUAUGCCUGCAGCAGAAAACUAGCAUGCCUUCCUUAGUCCCACAGCCUCACCUCUCUUGCCUGUUAGAACAAAUAGGACUCUUGUUUGCCCUGUAGCAGGUGGGGUGGCAGGUGAAGCCAAGGUGGCAUCUUCUUUUGGAACUGCGGAAAAUCUCUGAAUUUGUGAGUUGGUAAUCCAGCACCCCUUCGCAGAGAUGUACUCCCCACACCCCACAACAUAUUGAAUGGGGGGGUGUCUGAUCUCAUGUGUGCUCUGGAGUACCUACCAAGCUUGGGAGUCAGGGCUGUACUGUGCUUUGUCUUUGUUUAAUGCCCUGUGUUGAUUAAGUUACAUGCUGCAUCAUGUUUUCAAAUACCAAAGAGCGAGUAUGCCAAGCCAUUGCUUCCCCCCAGCCCAAGCAAUGCAUUUUAUUUUUGCCUCUGUGCUUGACCUUGCUCUCACACAAAGAGCUGGGGCGAAACUUUAAUUUGUAAUAUUGUGUAAAUAUGUGAAUAUAUUAAUAAACUGGUACAUUUCUUGUUUAAUGAA